AGCCGGGGUGAGGAUCCGACCCUGUUUGAACCGAUGAGCGGGGGAAGGAGUCAUAGAGGGAUGCGGAGCGUUUGAGGAGGAGCACGCUCAUCCAGACGAUCUGCGAGGCUCCGUGUGACUGACGCGACUUUGAUCCGAGAUUCCAGCCGCUGUUGUCUUGUGGCGCCCUUACAGCGUAGUUCACCCUGAAUGUUCAGCUGUCGGUGAGUUUCUAACAGACCCAGCAGCUCCGAAGUGAUUGAGUAUGACAGCUCAGACUGUAGGAGCAGUCAUCCAGGACAUGUCGGGGCCCUCGCUUCCCGACCAGGAGGGACUGGAGUCCAGGCCUAAUGGUGGGGCCGUGUCCUUCACCGAUGAGGCUGUGUCCAUCCUGACGUCCACAAGCCAGCUGGCCCGAACCCUUCUGGGUCGCACCUUCGCCCUGAAACACAAAGACAACCUCACCGGCGUCGAAGCUAGGGCCUGCAGCAGCUGCGACGAGGACAAAAACAACGGCGCGCGCAGCAAGCGAGAGUUCAUCCCCAACGAGAAGAAGGAUGAGGGGUACUGGGACAAGCGGCGGAAAAACAACGAGGCGGCCAAACGCUCCAGGGAGAAGCGGCGGGCCAACGACAUGGUGCUGGAGAGGCGGGUGCUGGGCCUGCUGGAGGAGAACGCCCGCCUGAGGGCAGAGCUGCUGGCCCUGAAGUUCCGCUUCGGCCUCGUCAAGGACCCGUCCGACGUGUCCAUCCUGCCGCUGUCCGGGUCCUUCUGCACCCAGCCACCAGCCGGUACCACACACUACUACCAGCCUCACGGCGACGGGCCUCAGCCGUACCUCAGCGCGCAGAUGGCUGCCGGCACCCAGCACAUCCACCCCCACCCUCCACAGCAGGGCGCCGCCUACGGACACAGGGGAGUGGCUCCGCUGUCUGUCCACAGUGUGUCCGAGGAGUCCGGCGUUUCCACUUCCUGCAGCUCCGACGUGGGCAGCCCCGUGUUUUUCGAGGACGCGCUGAGCGACCGCGGCGGCCCGUCUCCCAGGGGGCUCCUGGAGGAGCAGCAGGGCUACGGCUCCCACGUCUGCCCGCCAGAGGCCCCCGAGGCCCCGUGCAUGAACAGGCAGGACUCCCUGGAAGGCGUGAGGAGCCUCCCACACAAGCUGCGCUUCAAAGGCCCCUGUGGGAGCGGUGAUGGAGGGGACAUGUGUCCGUCUGAUGCCAGACACUGUGGACCCCCCGUGGCCACAGUGGGACCCAACAUCCAGAUGCGGAACCUGCAGCAGGUGAGGUGUGACAGCCAAUCAGAGAGCCAGGAGGCGUGCGGCGGGCCGGGCCCACAGCACCACGGCUGUGGGUAUCCCACCACGCCGCAGACGCCCAGAGACCCCAAGUACGUGGCGGAGGACGCGAGUCUCCGGUCCCAGCUCAGCUGUCUGACUCAGGAAGUGGCUCAGCUAAAGAGGCUGUUUGCACAGCAGCUGCAGUCCAAGACGAUGUAGGAGACAAAGACUAAUGCAGAGUGUAAAUAAGCUGCUGUUCGACGUGUCAGACUUUCAGUGGGGAUUUAUUGGUUCUAUGAUAAUCAGCACCUCACUACUGGUAAAACACUUGACCGUGGUCAAAUGAUGCUCAGCAACUGCAAAUCUAUAGGUGUUUCGUGUGCUUCCGCUGAUUUUACACUAAGCAACUCUGAAAACGGGUCAGUCAGAAACACUGGAAGGCCGCGGUGGGCACGAAGGAAGACACAAUUACUGUUCUACACCGACAUACUGUUAGCAUCGAAACAGCGCGACAAUCUGUGGUCCAGCGUCCGUUAAGAAGAAGUGAGCGUCCUGUGGUUUCGUCUCGUUUCACUGUCUGUUAACUUGGUUCAUCUAAUCACAGCAAGCAAACAGCCAAACACUGGCAUUAUCACUGUGGAGAACUGUAUCUGCACUAAGUUGUCUUUGUAAAUAAAACUAUAUUCUGCAUAAAUGA